AUGGUUCUGACAACAGGCACCGGUGCUGAAAGCACUGUCGCAAGAGAUGAGGAAACACCGUUGCUGGGCAAUGUGCCUGUAAAGAGAAGCUCUUGGAUGCGUCAAAUGCGAAAGGAUGUAACCAUUUCGUGGUCAGACGCUGUGUUGCUUACCUGUUAUGCCGUUACUGGACUCCUUGAUAGUUCCUCUAUCCAAGUCUGGGGAACCUUUGUUUCUAUGCAGACUGGAAACACCGUCUAUGUCGGUCUCGGCCUCGCAAGCUUCAUGACAUCGACUCCCGGUCCUCGUCUGUACAAAUCUGCACUCUCUAUCGCAUCCUUCUGUAUCGGAUCUUCACUCUUCGCCGCCUUCCACCGUCUCUUCUCACCGAGACGUCGUUGGGUUCUCUGUGCCUCAUUCACCCUUCAAGCCCUUCUCACUAGCGCAGCCGCACUCAUCGUCACGUUCAGUCCACCUGGUCGAAACACAGAUGAACUUGCGUGGAAUGUCUUGGUGCCCAUAAUACUCAUGGCUUUCCAGAGCUGUGGACAGGGUGUUGCGAGUCGAGCUCUGAAGCAGAACGCCCUUACCAGUCUUGUCCUGACAAGUGUGUACUGUGACUUGUUCUCGGACAGAGACCUAUUUGCAUUGGAUAACGUCAAGAGGAACCAACGUUUAGCUGCGCCUUUGCUGCUUCUUUCCGGUGUUUUUGUAGGUGGUCUGUUUGCGCAGAGCUCGGCCGGCAUUACGGGAGCCUUGUGGAUUGCUGCUGGUUUAAAGAUGUGCAUGGUCCUCGCGUGGUUCGUCUGGCCGUCAGAGGAGGAGGAUGGUGAGACAGAAGAGGAUUAG